GUGUUAACCACAGCACAGAUCAAAGGCAGCAGCAGCAAUUCGGUCCAUGGAAUAAAGGAACCGUUGCUUUGCUUACCAUGUUGGCAUAUGCCCGUGCCAAGCCACCAUGCGUGAUGCCGCGCAGAGCGCAUAUCUCUUCUGACAUCUUCAACCUCAUGGGCAACACGAGGCCGGUCGGCAUGGCGAACGCGAGCGCGGCGGCGGUGGCGGGGACGUCGUGGUGCGGCCACUGCGGCAUGAGCCUUGCCGCGCCAUCCGGGCCCGGCUCUAGCGUCCGGUGCGCGUUUUGCCACCGGCUGACGCGCGUCGAGCGCCACCGCGGCGUGACGCUCGCGGACCCCUCGCCGCCGCGGGCCGCCGUCUCCGCGGGGCUCGAGAUCCCGGCAGGCUACUACCCCAGCGUGAGCCGCAAGAAGCGCGCGCUCCUCGUCGGCGUCAGCUACAGGGGCACCGCGCACGAGCUCAAGGGCACGGUCAACGACGUCAAGGUGAUGAGGCGCCUCCUCUGCGGCAAGUUUGGGUUCCCCGGCGACUGCAUCCUGGAGCUCACUGAGAACGAGCGGGACCCGACGAGAGUGCCGACGAGGGCGAACCUGCUGCGGGCGAUGCGGUGGCUCGUGGAGGGCUCCGGCAGCGGGGACUCGCUGGUGUUCCACUUCUCCGGGCACGGCGUGCAGAAGCUGGACCUGAACGAUGACGAGGUGGACGGGUACAACGAGGCGCUGUGCCCGGCGGACUUCGAGCAGAGCGGCAAGAUCCUGGACGACGAGAUCAACGAGAUCAUCGUCCGGCCGCUGGGCAGGGGCGUGAAGCUGCACGCCGUCGUGGACACCUGCCACAGCGGCACCAUCCUCGACCUCCCCUACCUCUGCCGCCUGUCCAGAACGGGGUACUGGCAGUGGGAGAAUCACGACCGGCCCAGCGGGGCGCGGAAGCGCCCCAACGGCGGCCUGGCCAUCUCCAUCAGCGGCUGCAGCGACGACCAGAAGUCCGCGGACGCCAGCGGAUUUUCUUCCGAGUCGUCGUCCUCGAUCGGCGCCAUGACGGACAGCUUCAUCAAGGCCGUGGAGGCGGAGCCGGGGACGACGUACGGGCGGCUACUGAGCGCGAUGAGGGCGAGGAUCCGCGACGGGCAGGGGAGCCGCCGCCUCCCCGGAAGGCUCGGCUCCUUCGUCCGCUGCAUGAUCCCGUCCAGCAACUUGCAGGAGCCUCAGCUGUGCUCGUCAGAGAUGUUUGACAUCUACCGGAAGCCAUUCCUCCUGUGAUUUGUUGGUCGAGACUGCCAACUCGGAAGAACUUGAUUUGAAUGUUACUUUGGUGUGAUUAGCUCUGCUGCUGCUGCUGCAUCAGCUGGCAUGUGAACAUAUAUUACAACGAAAUGGAAUUUAUGUCCUGUCAGAGUGUA